GACAAAUUUGAGAAAGCACAAGAGGGACGAUCGAGGCCUCACUUUAUCCGAAUUUUCCCACUUAAAUAAGUAAUUAACGAUGGACGAUGAUUAUGCCGCUUUCGCUGGUGGAAAAUUAAAGAUUAAGAAGAACGAGGGAGUUGAAUCUGCUUCCAAAAAAAAGAAGAAGAAGGACAAGGAAAAGAAAAGACUGGACCAGAAGAUUCAAAAGGUGGUCGACGCUGCAAAGAGCAGCGAAGAUGACGACUCCAAGGAUGGACAUGAAACUUCUAACGUUCCUACAAGGAGAUACACAAAGGCUGAGUUGGCUUUCAAGAAGCAGCAGGAGAAAAUCCAAAACGAAAGAAUAAAUAACAAGGCAAUGAAGACACACAAACAGCGGGUGGAGGAAUUCAACAGACACCUCGACAACCUCACGGAACACUUUGACAUCCCUAAAGUUUCGUGGACGAAGUAGAGCACUUUGUUCGCCUAUUGUUUUGCUGCCUGAAUAUGAAAGUAUAACUCCGCAACCCUUGGUCUUUCUUUUCUCCUGGGUCAGUUGGAUUCCCAUUUGGUGUGGUCGAUGUUCUCAAAACUGCUUCUCCGUGCGAUCUUCACCAGGUACUUGCCGAGCUUUAGCAGCUCAACGUCUUUCUUCAUGCCAGCCCGAAACUCUUUAAUCAGCACUCCAGAUUUUUUAUUCAAAAAAAAAUUUUCUUCUAUAUCAUCUACGAUGAUUGUGUUUUGGGGACCAAAAAAUGGGUACUUGUUCCAAAUUAUUGAAAGUGGCUUGCAUCUAACCCAGGCUCCUUCGCUCUUGAUAUUGACCACAGCUUUCCUGCAGAGGAUCGCUUUGAUGCUAAUAAAGAUUCAAGUAGAUAAAUUAAACCAAUCACAUACUACAAAUGCUCUUUGCUAAUUACCCAUAGUCCUUGUUCGAGUCCAUUCCGAGCUCCUCCAACACACUCCAAAUCCUAUCCAAAGGAGAAUCGCUCCAAAUCAUUAAAUUAAAGGACUUGGCGACCUUAGCCAGGAAUUGGUGCAGAAAAGGUCUUUGUUCUGGCACAAAUUCCUCCCACUUAUCAUGCAAGAGAGUGUGGUCAAGAUCGAGAACCAACAACUUCUUGGCUCGAGCGAAGCGUUGGAGGACCUUAGGAAUUGAUUUUAUUAACUAAGCACGACAUAUAAUAAUUAUUAUCUUACUUUAAUUUCGUAGGCUUUGGCCUUCUUCGCCACAAUUUUGGUAUUAUUGGAAUUUUCGCUCAUCCUGAAAUUCUCGCAGGCAAAAUUUACAGAAAUUUCGAACCGAGAAGCUUUUCAAACCGAAUGAUAAUCCAACAAUGUGGAAUUUCCUCAAGCUCAAUAAUUUAAAAAUGCAGAGAUUGGGCCCCAUUGUUGUUUUUAUAAAAGUAGCAGAUUGUUUCUAGACAAAAUGAAAAUUUGACAAAAAUUUUAAAUUUUAACCUAUUUAGGAAAUAAUAAUGCAAUAAAAUAAUAAUACAAGUUAUUUCCAUCAGUCCAUGCGGUUAGUCAUUUUCGUGUUGCGGCGUCCCAAAAGCAAAAACUUUGGUCCUCACUGGUCUUCAACUG